GUGAAAUGAAUGAUGCGAACAGAUACAUGAAACCAGAUGCACUAAGAUACAAAUAUGGAGUGGUGUAUUACGAUCUUGGGCGAGAGUACUCUUUGUCUGAUAAUGGAAGACAUUUUUCCCAUGAAAAUUACCACUGUAUUAACAGAUGUUGCAAGGACAAUCCUUGUCUCCAGGGUGGGACCUGUCAGGAGAUUUGUAAUCCUACCACCGUGAGGUACAACUGCACUUGUCCUGCAAAUUACACUGGUCAGCGGUGCGAGAAAAUAAAGUAUCCUCGUGAAUGUAUGGAAGUUGCAAAAAAUGGCAAUAACGUGUCUGGAAUGUUCGAUGUGUAUGAUUCCCAGAAAAAUAUUUUUAAAGUCUUCUGCGACUUUGAGUCUGAACCCGGCUAUGUUUGGACACUAAUACAAUCUUUUUCUCUCGGAAACAACAACCAGUUUAAGUCAAACGGUUUUAGUGUGGACCAUCCUGUAAAUGAAGAGGGGAACACCAUAAAUUGGAAUGCAUAUCGCUUAUCUUUGGCUCAUAUGAAGUCAGUCGCUGAUGCUUCAACCCACCUCAGAGUCACUUGCAACUUUCCAGCUGAUGGUCUCGUUUACACUGACUACGCACGUGCAAAACUGAAAGAACAUGAUCUGUUUGGUGUAUGGAGAGCAAAGUGUCGCACAUAUGAACUGAUCAACAUACGGAACAUUGUUUGUCAAGAAUGCACAGCUGGCACAUGGCAAGUACAGAACGAGAUGUGGCAUAUUAAUAGUGCAUUGAGCGCCCAAUUGGCUGGAUGCCAGUUCAACGGCGUUGCCGGCGCAAGUCCACAUGAACAAAACUUUGGUCUUUACAACUACGUCAAUCCAAACUUCCGAUGUACUUCCAGUCAAAGCUCCACCACACA